GAAGGGAGGAAGUUAGCGAGGGAUCGAGCAAGCGAGCGAGCAUCAGGGCGUUCCUUCUUCUGGCUAUGGCGGGCCCGCGGGGCUCCGGUUCGGACCGCAUAAUGCUGUGAUUGCACCGCGAACCAGAGCCAGCAGACGGAGUUCGCGGGCGAUUGGCCGAUCGAUUCCGAGACGGGGAGCGAGGGUCGGGAAGAAUGGCGAGGCGGAGGGCGAGGAAGAAGAGGAGGACGAGGAGGAAGCAGGAGCAGGAGAAGGAUGCGGGUGGUGGAUGCCGCGGCAGCAGGAGACGCGAGGAAUCGGAGUCCGCAUCGCCGGCAAAUUUGGCUUCGGAUUGACAGACGGGGCAGAGAACGAGGAAGGAAGGAAGGAAAGGAAAGGAAAGGAAAGGAAGCAGGAGAAAAGACCGAGAGCAGAAGGAGAACAGGACGGGGGCUAAUCAGGGGGAGGUGGUGGGUCGGGUCGGGUCGGGUCCGGUCGGUUGUGGCAGGAGUUCAACGCCGCGUGCCGAUCGGUCGAGUAGGUCGAGCUCGGAUGCCGGCGCACUGGAAUUCCCGACGAGGAAGAGGAGUCUAGAAGCAGAGCGAAGCUGAGAAGAUCGCGGGGCGAGUGCUUCGUCCUUGGCUUCCUCCAUCGCCGUCCAGUCCAGGCCAGGCCAGGCCAGUCCAGUGCAGAGAAGUCCAGUCCAGGCGCAAGUCAAGUCCGUGCCGCGGGCCCGAGGACAAGGAAGGAAGGAAGGAAGGGAGCGUGGAAAUAAUGUCGUCGGUUCCAGAAGGAAUUUGGGGUAGAUUGGAAUAGGCUCGGGUGAUGUCACACCUCCGCCUUCUCUUCCUCCUGACAGCCGGGGAGGAAAGAGUGAAGAGAGGGGUGAGGGCAGAAGCGCAAGAGAGAGAGGCCCUGCCGGUGAGGGUGAGGAGGGUGAGCGUGAGGGUGAGGGCGAGCAUGUGAAGGAGGAGAGCCGGACACAGCCAUACAUACGGACACACAGUCUGUGUUGCACCGAUUGAGGAAUAAUUCAAUUUCCGAUCCAGUGCCCGAUUGUUUUCGCGGUGCGACGUGGGCUGGUCGAGCAGAUUUGUUUACUGGGUUUUAAUGUCUGGUUCGUGGUAAAGCUUCGUCUUUUACAUUUGCUGGUUCCGUAGGGGCCGAGGAGGGAGGGAGGAGUAGGAGGGGGCGGCGACGAGAGGACAGGCGAGGCGAGGGGAGGCGACGAGAGGAGAGGGGAGGAGAAGAGAACGGCAGGCCCGAGAUUUCGUUCGAGAAGAGAACUGGAACUGAAAACCUUAUUCUUACUACCACUACUACUCAUGAAUCGUGAUUCGAUGGAGCAGGCUCGUAGCGUGGAGCGAAGCUCCAUCUCCAUUCCCAUUUGGCAGCUUGUAGAGUAGUUAGUGGUUGCACCGAGAAAGGCACAGGCAGGCAGGCAGGCAUGCAGGAUUGACGAUUACACUUCGUGUCAGCGGAGAAGCUGCGCGAGUGGAUCUGCACCUCGUGGCCGUUCCUUCUUCCUCUGCCGCUCUGGCAAAACGACGACAGAUCUCUCUGCGUAGAUCGAGAGGUCGUUCGGCGAGGCAGGCGGCAGGGGUGAUCUUCGAAUCCAAUUUUCGACCGGGAUUGUGUGAUCCCUUCCCUGGCUUCAGAACUUGGAGAGGAGAGGGGAGGAGGUUGAGUGAGGGAAGCGCGUAGAGACAGCACAUUCUGCACUCUUACGGUGGAGACUAGCUAAUUUCCUUCCACCGUAAGGGUCAGGCACGGUGAGAAUGGUAGAUUCUCCAAAGCUCGUUCGUGCCACAAUGGAAUGGGGCUUGCCAGGCAGAUGUUGAAUGAUGAUGGCUUUUUCCUCCGGCCGUUUUCGAAAUCUGUCCAGCUCCUCUGGAAUUGUCUGCUUUCUCUUCGUACUGGGAAUCGAAGCUUGUGCGGAUGAUUGUGAAGCUGACUCCGAUUCUGCCUCUGUAACGCGGAGACUCAUUGCUCGUCCUCGGUCAGUGCUUCAGCGCUCGCUGACGGAAAGUUAGAAUUUGAUCCAGGACAUUCGACCAGGAAUUUAUUCGUAUCCUGGUUCUGCGUCCUGAUCUGAGCACCUCAUCGAGGUGGUGUCUCCUCCUCUGGGUGGAGGGGAUCGGUGGUGUCUUAUUUAGGAAGGGGUUUCGCCCACACAGGUUGCAAGGCACGACUGAAGUAGGUCAGAAGUAGUUGUCACCCCAAUUCGGUGAUUAAGAGUGGACGAUUGCAGAUUUGCGAUACAAAACUUAGGAAAAAAAAGCUCUUUCUAGCUCCAAGCGCGGAUCUGAGGCCUGUGACAUCGGGGUUCAGAGCACUGCCCGACCGAGUGCCUGUGGGCUGGACCGAGAACCAUGGCUCGGGGGUCGCGAAGUCGAGGGGAAAAACGGAUGCGGUUCAGUAAGCUGUACACGUACGCAGCUUGUGUAAGACCAGGUGGUGGCACCACAGAUGAGGUUCCUGCGGGAGGAGGGCCGGGAUUUUCCAGAGUGGUUUUUUGUAACACCCCGGAGAAGCAUUUUCAACAACCGGCUACCAAGUACAAAUCCAACUACGUCUCGACGACCAAAUACAACCUCAUUACUUUUUUACCCAAAGCUCUGUUUGAGCAGUUUCGGAGGGUGGCCAAUCUCUACUUUCUUCUCGCGGCAGCGAUUUCUCUCACUCCCGUUGCUCCGUAUUCAGCUGCCAGUUUGAUUGCUCCCCUUGUUUUUGUCGUGGGAGUGAGUAUGAUCAAAGAGGCCGUCGAGGAUUCUCGUCGUUUCACUCAGGAUCAGGAAAUAAACAAUCGGAAGAUCAAGGUACACUCGGGACAGGGGAAAUUCGAAGCAAGAGCGUGGAAGAAGUUGAGAGUGGGAGAUGUCGUUAAGGUGGAAAAGGAUCAGUUUUUUCCGGCCGAUCUGCUCAUGCUCUCCUCCGCGUACCCGGAUGGAAUCUGCUACGUUGAGACGAUGAAUCUUGAUGGCGAGACUAACCUGAAAUUAAAGAGGUCCUUGGAACGCACGAUAGAGUUAGAUGAAGAUGCCGAGUUCGGGCAAUUUCAUGCGGACAUGAAUUGUGAGGAUCCCAAUCCCAGUCUUUAUACCUUCAUCGGCAACAUCACAAUUGAGGGCGAGACUUUGUCCCUCGGACCCCAGCAAAUUCUUCUCAGGGACUCGAAGCUGCGAAACACUCAGUACGUAUAUGGAGUGGUUGUAUUUAGUGGCCACGAUACGAAGGUGAUGCAGAAUUCCACCGAUGUGCCUUCAAAGAGGAGCCGGAUCGAGAGGAAGAUGGACAAGAUUAUUUACUUCCUCUUUGGCGUCUUGGUGAUGAUAUCAAUAAUCGGAGCUGUCGUUUUUGGCGUCCGGACCAAGAACGACAUGCCCGACUGGUGGUACCUCGAGCCGACGGAUGUCGACAUCUACAACGACCCCAACAAUGCUGCCGCAUCUUCUUUGCUGCAGCUCAUCACGUCGCUCAUCCUCUACGGGUACCUCAUCCCCAUCUCUUUGUACGUGUCGAUCGAGGUCGUAAAGGUCCUACAAGCCAUGUUCAUCAAUCAGGACCUGACAAUGUAUCACGCUGAGAGCGACACGCCUGCACGAGCUCGUACAUCUAAUUUGAACGAGGAGCUCGGACAAGUCGACACCAUUCUUUCGGACAAGACUGGCACGCUGACUUGCAAUCAAAUGGAGUUUCUGAAGUGCUCAAUUGCGGGUGUGAGUUAUGGACGGGGAAUAACGGAGGUUGAGAAAGCCACGGCGAAAAGGUUAGGAAAGGAUAUCAAGGACUUGGAUGAGUACGAUGAAGAUUCUUCACAUGAAGGUGAAGUGAGGGGUGUUGAAUUGUCGGCGAAAGCUCAUAUCAAGGGUUAUAACUUUAAGGACGAACGCAUAACCAAUGGGGCCUGGGUCAACGAACCUAAUCCUGAUGUCAUACUGCAGUUCUUCAGAAUUCUAGCAGUUUGUCACACCGCGAUCCCCGAGGAAGAUGAAUCCACAGGUUCAGUGUCGUACGAAGCUGAGUCACCAGAUGAAGCAGCUUUUGUUAUAGCUGCUCGUGAGUUUGGGUUUGAGUUUUCCAAGCGCACGCAGAACACAGUUCUUGUGCGCGAGUUCGAUCCUUCUUCCGGCAGUCAAGUAGAGCGUGAGUACAAAGUGCUGAACCUGUUGGAAUUCAACAGUACUCGCAAGCGAAUGUCAGUGGUCGUUAAAGAUGAAAACGACCAGAUUUUCGUGAUGUGCAAGGGCGCUGACAGCGUUAUAUAUGAGAGACUGGGAAAGAGCGGCAAGGCCUUUGCCGAAUCAACCAAAGGCCACCUUGCGACGUAUGGAGAGGCUGGGUUACGUACUCUGGCCCUUUCUUAUCGCAAGAUGGAAGAGGCUGAGUACACCGAAUGGAAUGCAAUAUUUCUGAAGGCCAAGACAACAGUCGGUGCGGAUCGCGACGCUAUGUUGGACUCCGCAUCUGAACUGAUCGAGAAGGACCUCAUUCUUGUAGGGGCGACCGCAGUGGAGGACAAGCUACAAGCUGGGGUUCCGGAAUGUAUCGAUCGGCUUGCACUGGCUGGGCUGAAGAUUUGGGUUCUGACUGGCGAUAAGCAAGAAACCGCCAUCAACAUUGGGUUUGCAUGUAGUCUACUCCGAGAAGGAAUGAAGCAGAUCAUUGUCAGUCUGGACAACGCUGAAGUCAGAGCUGCGGAGGAGUUUGGAGAUAAGGACAGCAUAGCCAAGGUAUCCAAGGAAAGUAUUACACAACAGCUCAUGAUUGGACAACAGCAGGUUGAUUUGGAACGAAACAAUGCCGAUGUAGUGUUCGCUUUGAUCAUCGAUGGAAAAUCGUUAAUCUUUGCCUUGGAUGAUGGCUUGAAAGAGAAACUUCUUCAUCUUGCCACCAACUGUGCAUCGGUCAUAUGUUGUCGUGUUUCUCCAAAACAGAAGGCCAUGAUCACAAGACUAGUGAAAGAAGGCACUGGUAAGACUUGUCUUGGAAUUGGUGACGGUGCAAACGACGUCGGCAUGAUUCAGGAAGCGGACAUUGGGAUUGGUAUUAGUGGAGUCGAAGGCAUGCAGGCUGUCAUGGCUAGUGACUUUGCAAUCGCCCAAUUUCGCUACCUAGAAAGGCUGUUGAUUGUGCACGGUCAUUGGUGCUACAAACGUAUUGCCCUUAUGAUUUGCUACUUUUUUUACAAAAACAUAACUUUUGGUCUCACUCUCUUUUACUAUCAAGCGUUUUCCACCUUCUCUGGGCAGACAGUUUAUAACGAUUGGUACAUGUCAUUGUUCAACGUAUUUUUUACUUCACUGCCUGUUAUCGCUCUCGGAGUAUUCGAACAGGAUGUUUCUCCUCGUAUUUUGAUGCAAUUUCCUGCCCUUUACCAGCAAGGGCCACAAAAUCUUAUGUUUGGCUGGUCGCGCAUAUUCGGGUGGAUGAUCAAUGGGCUGUACAGCUCUGUCAUGGCCUUCGUGUUCAACAGGUUGGCCAUCUCUUACAUCGCAUUCCGUAGCGAUGGUAAAGUUCCAGGCCUGGAAGCGAUGGGAGCAAUUAUGUACACUUGUAUCGUUUGGGUAGUAAACGUGCAGCUUGUGCUUGCACUCAGCUACUUCACAUGGAUGCAGCAUGUUGCCAUUUGGGGCAGUAUCGCAUUGUGGUACAUAUUUUUACUCAUCUAUGGAAACAUUGACCCUGUACAAUCCACGACCGCUUACAAAGUUUUGACGGAAGUGAUUGCUCCCUCACCCAUGUUCUGGUUGAUUACGGUCCUCACGACGCUCGGAUGUAUCCUGCCCUACUUCGUGUUCACCUCAUACCGAAGAACGUUCUACCCUCAAGAUCACCAUAUUAUUCAAGAGAUCCGACAUUUGCAGAAGCACGUGACAGAUCCGGAAAUGUGGAAGCGGGAACGCAAGAAAGGAGUCAGGAGGACGUCAGUUGGAAUGACAGCACACGUUGAACACAGAGUGAGCAGCAUGCAAUCUGAUCUUCGUUUUGGGCAACAUCUUGGUGGUUCUGAUAAUAGUAGUAACGUCUUUUCACCUGACCGUAAUAGGGAUAAUAAUCAUGUGUAAGUAGAGCCUAUUCUUAGAAAGAUAGUCUAGGCCCCCUGGCUGUACGAAUGAUUAGGUUAUCUAUUUUUACCUUUCUUUGGAAGUUAGGAAUCCAGAUUGCCUCAACAUAUCAUGAACCUUCCAAAGAAAACACACAUAUGCAGGCAGGCGCACAAGCUGGAGAUAAAAGGUUCGCAUGUGCAGUUUUGAUUUAGUGGCUAGUUAACAACUCAUUCUUUCAUGUACAAUAGCAGCAGCCGUGAUUGGCGAAAUGUCCUGUGUAAUUAAUACGCAAAUUGAAGAUUUCUCUGAUGAAUAUUUAUGGUUGAUUCCACCCGAUUCCC